CGUUUUCCUAUCCUGUGACCCUGCAUGAAGUCAUUUUGAAUAAAGGCUCGCUCCCCCGGUAAGUGACCCUACAGCGACAGGCAGCGUUGAUCCGCGUUCGCUUUGCUGACCACGCCAUGGUGUCGCCGGGCUCGAGCCUCAUGCGUCUCCUCAGAAGAUGGAGCCGGUCGUGCACUUUUCUGCUUCACAGCGUACUGUUACCGCUUCGUCAGGUUUCGUUCUCCGAGGGCGCAGUGCGGAUGGAGAGAAUAUUUCCCUACGAAAACAAUCCACCGGCGGCUUUGGACGUCGGCGCCAUACUGAAUGCUUUACCACUAGAAACCACAUCUGCCCUCGACACCGCAGCCCAGGAGCUCGCACGGGGGAUCGCAGCUGUGUUUUUCAACGGGACCGGUUUAGAAGUGGUUUGGGAGGACGCAGACGAUGUUUCCUCGACAACCGGUCAAAGCGGCCUAAAAGUUCCGCGAUUCCGCUACGCGGAAAUAGAAGAAGGAGGGGACCAAGUGGGAGUGGCGACACAAGCAGAUGGAGGACCUGGCGCAGUAGAAGAGCCAAGAGAGCGAAGUAGUGCACAAAAUAGCACUGUUGUAACAACUUCUCAAGCUGCUGCAGGUGCAGGAGCUCCAGCUGUAAAAAUACCAGAAGCCGCAUCAGGAUCAUCCAAAGCUGACGCUGAGACGAGGAGACCAGAAGAAUCCUCGGGAACCUUCGCUAGUCUAUCGAAGAGCGUUUUCGGGUGGUUUACGGAUUCCACGAAAGACGAAAGCACUGCUACGCCCAGCGAAGGGGCCGUCACAACUUCUGCAGGUCGUGGGACUUCUGCUCCUGAAGACACAAAGCCUGCACCAGACCUUGGUGCUGGCGAUCAUGUAGAUGCACCCAGGUUAGCAGCAGGCGCGUCUUCAGCUGAAGUGGCGCCAGUACAACCUUCCACGCAAGUAGAGCAGAAAACCUCUUCAGAUCCUGGCGUGCCGCAGACGAAAAAGAAGGAGAAGCUUCGGUACCCGAAGGAGUAUUUGAACUUCUGCAUCCUCGGCAUCGGGAAGGGCAGCAUCCCGCUGCUCACCCGGUACUUCGAAUUCUUCCCGCAGAUUUCGUUCUGGGUUUUCGUGCAGGAACUUGACUGGGACCUGUGGGACUCGCUCGUUGCGCACUUCCCGAAACGAAAAAUAAACGUGGAAUACGACGACCGGAUACCGCGGCUGAAGCCCCGGUGCCACAUUCUCGCCUUUGGCAUGGACUCGGUCGAGUUCACGAUCAGCAAGGUGUCGCGGUUUCUGUUCACCAAGACCGACCAAAUGCUCCUGGUGUGGCAGACGCACGGCUGCGGCAAGCCGGGGGCUCUGGAGUGGAACCCGGAGUGCGCCUACUUGCACUCCCAGUGGACCAGCACGCUCUGCGGACGGCAAGCCGACCUCGACCUGACCCCAGAGCAGGCACAAAUGCUGCGAGAAACACGGUAUGGCGCCUUGGAAGGCCGGGGCUUCGCCGACUGCACCGUGGGACAGCGGCUCGGCGACCGCCCGAAUUCCUGGGCGGUGCGGAAACGGCGGGAGGCCGGGGAAGUGAUUUCAGAGGACGAGUUUGAAAACGCGAACCCGCUAACCGCCGGAAAACCGCUUUGUCUCUGUCUGGUCGACCGUCUGUGGAUGAGCGACUUGUACUACGAAAAGCCGAUCUGCGAGGAGUUUGAGCAGCGGAAGCUGCCCCCGGGCCGGCGGAUCUACGCACGGCACACUGAGAAUUGGUACGACCCCCUGAAGGAUUUUUUUUUCGGCUACGGACAGUGGAGCCAGGACUGGUUUCUGUACAACAACUUUUUCCGGCACAAGAAGAAGGGCUUUUUCGUCGAUAUCGGCGCGAUGGCGCCCUUCGAGUUGUCUAACACCGCCGUGUUCGAGCAGUGCUUCGACUGGGAGGGGCUCUGCGUCGAGCCGAAUCCGAGCCAGCAUCUGGUCAUGCUAGGGUACCUACGCACUGCAAAUUAUACGUGGGCUGAGUCUGGAAGCAGUGUGCGAGUGAGUGGUGCUCGUUCCGGUAGACAACGCUAUAAAAGGCUAUCUUGUAUGAGAAGAAAAAUUUAUUUUGUGUUGCCCAGUUCUCGGGAUGCAUAGUGUGGAUUGCUCAUUGUCCAGGAUAAGCAGCGCAGUUGCGAAGCAGAGGCCUCGCCAAAAUGUACGAUGCUGCUGGACCAUACAUAGUCGUGGCAAGAGACGAUGUGGGCCAAAGUAAAACUGUUCCAGAGCCAGAAAAAUUUCCAAUUGACAGCCUCGGCCGAAGUGCCGGCUUGUCCCCUUCUGCCUCGGCGACAGCACGGGGAAGCGGAAAACAUUUGCGUUGCAGGAGGGCUCGUAUGGUACUGGACAACUCGUUUCGCUUCCCCUCUGUUGGCAUGCAAAGUGCAGCUGAAUCCUUUUACUUUUUUUGUAGUUGCUGCAUGACAUCUUCAAGGAAAGAACCCAGGUUUAGCAACCCUAAGUGGUCGAGAACAAGCAGGAUUUUUAAAAGUCUGUUUGUUCCGUGAGAUGACAGUUUCAGUUGUCCACUUGCAUAGCUCGACCGGACACGCACGGGUCGCAGAAGACGCCCCCGUAGCAGAAACGAAGGAGGAAACGCAGAAAGCAAUCCAGGACUGGCUGCGCGGCACCGAUCACCUGGACACGUUUCAGUCCGAAUGCAUCUCGUUGGAGGACAUGCUGCGCUACAGCGGGGUCACGUGGAAAACCCCGAUCGAUUUCGUCUCCAUCGACAUUGAGGGGGGCGAGUUCGAGAUUUUGAAGAAUUUUCCCUUCGACAAGUUCACCAUCCACGCCUUUUUGAUCGAGGCCGGGCACGACUCGGCGCAGCGCAUCGACAUUCUGUUGCUCGGAGCGAAGUACGUGAAAAUGGCAGUUGUGGGGAAGGAUCAAGUGUACGUGCACCAGGAGUAUCUACACACCCUCACCGGAAACUACCUGCUUGGGGAAACUGACAUGAACCCGUACGAGCUGGUGUACCCCCCGUACAUCAACAUCGACCCGUACAACGACACAUUUGACGUUUUCCAGCGACGCUUCCUAGACUCGGAAUUCGGGAAAUAGAAGACUGAAAGAACGCAGUUGUAAUUGUAAAGCUGCUGCAUUUCAUAUAUCUUCUCACAACGAAAAGCGCUGACUAUUUGUAGGGUCAGGCAACGCGACUCUCACUCUCAGCCUACGCGAUUCACACUGCGACUGCGUUCGUGGUGCCCUCUCCCGUUCUCCGGUCUUUGUGAAAACAAGAUCGGUCGAAGUAAAAUGUCGGUUGAUGAGUGGGCUGUCGCGCGUGUUGUACUCGGAUCUUUUAAGGAGCUGUCGUGAAAUUCUUCGCGAGAUUUGAU